GUAUUUAGAACUAAAAAUUAUUGGAGGGAGUAUCAAGUUUGGUAGGAGGAGACAGAAAGAGAAAUUGUUGAGAAAUGAGUGAAUGUUAUUCAGUUGUAAAUCUUCAAAUUCCAUGUUUUACCAAACACACCUCUCUCAUCACUGAUUGCAGCGGAAACAAUUUUGCCCUACGUUGUUGUUAUCGAUUAUCAAAGUUUAAACCCUUUCAAAUUUCUCGUCCAACCCGAGCAGCUACAACCACCCCCAUGGAAGUAGAACGAAGUGAAGGAACCGCCGAUUCAUCCCAACCAAUGAAGCUCUUGUUUGUUGAGAUGGGCGUCGGGUACGAUCAACACGGGCAGAAUAUUACUUCUGCAGCAAUGAGAGCGUGCAGGGAUGCUAUUUCUUCUAAUUCAAUCCCUGCUUUCCGUAGAGGUUCCAUUCCUGGUGUCAGUUUUGAUCAGAUGAAAUUGCAGAUCAAAUUAGGGGUUCCUCAUUCUCUCCAAAAAUCUUUGGAUAUUGAGAAAGUGAAGUCUGUAUUUCCCUAUGGAAAAAUUUUGAAUGUUGAAGUUGUGGACGGUGGUUUGCUAUGCUCAAGUGGGGUGCUUGUGGAAGAGAUGGGUGACAAGAAUGACGAUUGCUACAUUGUGAAUGCUGCUGUUUACGUUGGAGGUAGAGGUGCUGGAUAUUUUGACCCAGGGUGGUAUGUAAAUGAAUAUGAUGUUAUUAUUGUACAUGAAGAAAGCAUACCCUUGUGAAUCUCCUUUGUGGGUCCACCAAUGCCACGAGUUGAAGAUCAACAUGUCAGAGUCUAUCCAUGCCUUACCAGCUUUUAUGGAGUCUAGUGUAAGAACUCUCCCAACAUCUUCCUCGAUUAUGUCCACCAAGUAUGGUGUGCGGUAUAGCUGUAUGGUUACUCCAUAGUCCUGUGCAAUAUCACCAGAUAUCAUUACCACAAUUUCAUUUUGGGGGUUGAGAUUAAAAUAUCAAAUAACUUGAGAGAGACUUAUAUGUUGUGAUCUCACUAUUAAAUUUCAUGCAGAUAUUUCAUUGGACCCCAAUAAAA